AUGAUUUGGUUAAUAUUCCUGCUCUCCAUCCUGGAUGGAGCUGUCUCUCAGCUACACUACUCCGUGCCAGAGGAGCAGGAACCUGGCUCUGUGGUUGGGAAUAUCGCGGAGGAUUUGGGGCUGGACAUUACCAAACUUUCCGCUCGCCGCUUUCAGACGGUGCCUAGUUCACGAACACCUUACCUGGAGGUGAACUUAGAGAACGGUGCGCUCGUGGUGAAGGAGAAAAUCGACCGGGAAGAAAUCUGUAAGCAGACCAUCCCGUGCCUACUGCACCUGGAGGUGUUUCUGGAGAACCCGCUGGAGCUCUUCCGCGUGGAGAUCGAGGUGAUGGAUAUCAACGACAAUCCACCCAGCUUUCCCGAGACGGACAUUUCCGUGGAGAUAUCGGAGAGCGCCAUUCCCGGGACCCGUUUCCCGGUGGAGAAUGCCUUCGAUCCCGACGUGGGCACGAACGCGCUCAGCACAUAUGCCAUAACGAAUAAUAACUAUUUUUACCUUGACGUGCAGACGCAGAGCGACGGGAACAAGUUCGCGGAGCUGGUGCUGGAGAAGUCGCUGGACAGGGAGCAGCAAGCGGUGCACCGCUAUGUGCUGACGGCUGUGGAUGGGGGCAUCCCGCAGCGGACCGGGACGGCGCUCCUGGUGGUUAAAGUUCUGGACUCUAACGAUAACGCGCCCACCUUCGACCAGACUGUGUACUCGGUGAAUCUGCGAGAAAACUCCCCCGUGGGCACCCUGGUCAUUCAGCUCAACGCCACGGAUGUUGACGAGGGACAAAACGGGGAAAUAGUUUAUUCUUUCAGCAGUCAUAACGCCCCGCGGAUAAAGGACUUAUUCAAUAUUGAUGCCAGAACAGGUAGGAUAGAGGUGGCGGGCGAGGUGGACUAUGAAGAGAGCAACACGCACCAGAUUUACGUCCAGGCUAAAGAUCUGGGGGCCAAUGCGGUCCCCGCGCACUGCAAAGUGCUGGUCAAACUCGUGGACGUGAACGACAACACGCCAGAGAUCGGUUUCAGCACCGUGACUGAAUCCGUGAGCGAGCAGGACGCUCCGGGCACCGUGAUCGCACUUUUCAGCGUCUCGGACCGGGACUCUGGUGAGAAUGGACAUAUGAGCUGCGAGAUACUGGGAGACGUUCCGUUCAAGCUGAAAUCGUCUUUUAAAAACUACUACACCAUCGUGACAGACGGACCGCUGGACAGAGAGAACACGGACUCCUACACCAUCACCGUGGUGGCCAAAGACAAAGGUCAGCCUUCGCUCGCCACCAGCAAGUCCAUCAAAGUGCACGUCUCCGACGAGAAUGACAACGCGCCCCGUUUUACGCAGGCGGUUUAUGAUGUGUAUGUGACUGAGAAUAAUGUGCCCGGUGCUUUCAUUCACGCUGUGAGCGCUUUGGACCCCGAUAUAGGACAGAACGCUCUUAUUACCUACUCCAUAUUGGAGUGUGACAUACAGGGCAUGUCUGUGGACACAUAUGUGUCCAUAAACCAGGACACCGGCUACCUUUACGCGCUGCGCUCUUUCGAUUACGAGCAGCUGAAGGAGUUCAACUUCAUGGUCCAGGCUAAAGACUCUGGCGCUGCUGAGCUCUUCUCCAAUGCCACUGUAAAUGUGAUCAUAGUUGAUCAGAAUGACAACGCUCCCACCGUAAUAGCCCCCAUCGGUAAAAACGGCACAGCCAAAGAGCACCUGCCGCGCUCUGCGGAGCCCGGCUACCUGGUGACGCGCAUUGUGGCCAUGGAUGCGGAUGAUGGCGAGAACGCACGGCUGUCCUACAGCAUCCUGCGCGGCAACGAGAUGGGGAUGUUCCGCAUGGACUGGCGGACAGGGGAGCUGAGGACAGCCCGGAGGAUCUCGCCCAAGCGGGACCCGCAGGGCUACUACGACCUGCUGAUCGAAGUGAGGGACCACGGGCAGCCCCCUCUCUCCUCCUCGGCGAGUGUGAGUGUUAUGUUAGUGGACAGCGUGGUCGAAGGCCGCAGCGGGGAUCGCGGCUCGGCCUCCAAGGCAAAGGAGACCUCCCUCGACCUCACCCUUAUUCUCAUCAUCGCCUUGGGCUCCGUGUCCUUCAUCUUCCUCCUGGCCAUGAUCGUGCUGGCCGUGCGCUGCCAAAAGGACAAGAAGCUCAACCUGUACACGUGCCUGCUGGCCGGUGACUGCUGCCUGUGCUGCGGCUCGUGCUGUAGCAGGCAGGCUCGCGGCCGGAAACAGAAGAAGCUGAGUAAAUCUGACAUCAUGUUAGUUCAGAGCACCAACGUGACAUCAGGGGUCGGGCCUGUGGGGCAGGUGCCCGUAGAGGAGUCUGGUGUGGGCGGCGUGGGAGGGGGCUUCGGCUCCCACCACCACCAGAACCAGAACUCCUACUGCUACCAGGUGUGUCUGACACCGGAGUCGGCCAAAACGGAUCUGAUGUUCCUCAAACCGUGCAGCCCGUCCCGCAGCACUGACACGGAUCACACCAACCCCUGUGGCGCCAUAGUCACGGGUUACAGUGACCAACAACCGGACAUCAUAUCCAAUGGCAGCAUUCUCUCUAAUGAGACAAAACACCAACGAGCAGAACUCAGCUAUCUGGUGGAUAGACCCAGACGUGUCAACAGCUCGGCAUUCCAAGAGGCGGACAUCGUCAGCUCCAAAGACAGUGGCCACGGCGACAGCGAACAGGGCGACAGCGACCACGAUGCCACCAACCGGGGUCAUUCGGCCGGCGCCGACCUGUUCUCCAACUGCACGGAGGAGUGCAAGGCCCUGGGCCACUCCGACCGCUGCUGGAUGCCGUCCUUCGUGCCGUCUGACGGGCGCCAGGGGCCGGACUACCGCAGCAACCUGCACGUCCCCGGCAUGGACGCCACGCUGCCCGACACUGAGGUACCCUCGUCCGUCAACCUCUCCGACCAACUCACCAUGACCUCGUCCACCGCUUCGUCCAACGAUAGGUCAUUCUCCACCUUUGGCAAGGACGGUCAAAGGUCACAGUCACACCACAGCCUUCACCAUCACCUCCAUCAGCAACAGCAGCAGUACAGCUCCAGCACGCUAGAGAGGAAAGAGUAUGAUAGGGGGACCCUACCGUACAAACCCACCUUUCUCUGUGAGUAUCAGUAUGAAAGUUCGCUGGGACCCUACGACUUCGGUCUGGUCCAGUACAGAUACUAAAGGAGGGGACGAUGAAUCUGCCUCUCGAUUCUGAUCUGGACUUCUUAUGUUGUUCAUCAACUUUUCAUUUCUUCUAUUUUCAAGGAGUUUUAAAAGAUACGGCUUUAUGUUCUGUUGCAUUGUUUUGUUUUAUUUCAUCUUAUUUUAUUAUUCUUUUGUAAAUUAUAAUUUCUUUUUUGUCGAAUGUAAAAUGUAAUCUAUCAUUGCUAGCUCCCCUUCUCGAAAACUGACUUUGAAAAACUCAGUC